AUCAUUAUUCUCGCGCUGCCUGUCGGGAGAAGGAGGCGGGUGUUCAAAAUGGCGACGAGCAAUGUCGAAUUUUACGCUAAACUUCAACAACUUCAAGACCAACUGCAUGCCAGCGAAGAACGACGUUUGCAGUUGGAGAGGCAGAUGAAUUCCUACAUGAAGUCGGACAAAAGACUGGCACGACUGAGGGCAAGUAAGCUGCAGGCCUAUUGGACCAAGCUGUGUGAAGACGAGCAGAAGAGCCGCGUCCGCAAUGAGCAGCUUCUCAAGGACUUCAACAGGGUGGAGAGUCACGUCAGCAUGCUGUCGGCCAGGACAGACAGGCUGAGGGAACUCAAGAAACAGUAUGAGGCCCAUAUAGAGAGAUUGUUCCCAAGAUGGAGAGAACAACUGGAGAGAAAGAGACAAGAAAAGCUUACAGCUCCAAAGAAUCAGCCUCCUCAGGUAGCCAGCCACGACGCAAAAACUCAGCCAAUGGACUAUGGACCUCACGCUACAGACCCUAGAGGCCUGUCCUAUCCUCUUUCUAAUUCAGGACCAACAAGUAACAUGCUACCAGGGCUGCAUCAAUCCAGUCCACAACUAGAACAUGCACCACCUGCUCCAGCCUACCCAAACUUGGGUCCCAGCAGCCACUCCACACCAUAUUCCAUGCCAUACAGUAGUAACACAGGGCUACCUAGGCAGCAAGCUUCCACUGUGGACAGCCCAGACAGCUGGAAAAUGCAUCCAAAGCAGCACACUGAAACUGUACCACAGUGGAUGCCUCCACCACAGUCGACAGACGUCAGCAUUCUCCCACACUCGUCAGUGGGCAGAGGCAACCCACAACCCCCAUCUGCACAUUACCAGGAGCCUACACAUGCUGACAGGAGGCAGGGAAACCCUGAUGGAGGCUACGAGAGCAGGCGGCCAAUGGUGAGGUCAGCGUCGUACUCAGAAGAACAGGAAACAGCACCAGAAUAUGACAAUCAGUUGAACGCUCACACAGGCAGGUACAGAGAUGAUGCUGGUAGAGAAGCUUCUCCUAGAGACCAAGGGAAAAUCAGGCCAGGGGCAAGUCCCAGACAGAAUCACCCAGGGAGAAGGAGGGAAACAGAGGAGGCACUACAAGAUGAAGGCAAUGUAACACCUGGGAGAAGGAAGACUGAUUCUCCAAGGAGAACUGGGCAAUCCCCAAGGCACAGCACCAAUAGACAGCAAGCUUUCCGUGACAUGUCACCAGAAAGAGACUCCCCUCCCAAAUCCCCACCAAACAAUGGUAACAACAGUGACAUCGACAGUGAGCUAAGCCUUCCGCUCAGUGAUAACGGUGACACUAAAGCCAAGACUGGCCCAUCCAGUCCUGUUCCCUAUUCCUCCACCAAAGGCAGUCCCACCAUGUCCCCAGGCCUGGGUGCCACCUUCCCUCCUGACUCCCCCAGGUCUGCUGCCCACGACAUCAGCUUCACACCAGAGUCAGUCAGGACUGCCUCUGUGACCCCACACGACCUCCCGGACUCACCCCCCUCACCCGCAUCACCUGAUCAGUCUGAACGGGACGUACCACUGAGUAUGGAGGGGCUGCUGGUACUGCUGGACGUCAUUGAAGAGGCGUUGCCCAGAUUACGAGGACGGGGAGGGCUGUAUGGGCGAGGGGACUUAGAUCCAGAGCUGGCAAGGGAAAUCAUUGAGGAUGCUAAUUCAGGAGGCAGUCCCCAUGAUGAGGACCCUGGUGUGUUGAGUGCCGUUGUGAGUCAGGAGCUCCCACGUGUCACCAGUGCUCUGCCAACAGGCUGUCUCCUCACCGACAAGUUACUGUCUGGUCGCAUGGCCCUGGUGGACGAUGUCAGUGUCAGGUCCAGCCUGUACUCCCACUCAGUCCCACUGUGGGAUCGCCUGGUGCAACACUUCACCCUGCUGGUACGGCGUGGAGUCAUGGAGGCAGAGGACAUUGCAGACGUGUUCUCACCACUCUUAAUCAAACCUGGGUCUACUCUAGUGCAGAAGGCUGCUGAGCUGCUGGCCAUCGUGGUGCAGGGCUGUGCCGGGAAUCAGACCCUGGCUGACGACCAGGGCAGUGAGGAGUCAGCCACGUCAUCUGCCUCCCUCCCCAUCCCAUCCUCCCCCGACCCUCCCCGGGACACUCUGCACAAAACUCCUCCUCUUAAUCUUACCAAUUCAACUGGAAAGAGAGCUCCCAGCAGGGACACAGAGGAAAGUGAGGAUGAAGGAGACAGCUUCUUUGACAACAAUGUCCCUCUCACAGAUGGACAGGGGAUGACUAUAAAUUUGGAUGUCAAAAUCUCACAUGAGGAUGACACGGCUGCCUACCAGAGCCUGAUGCGCAGCAGCCUCCAGCAGCAGCCUGCAGCACAGCUGUCCGAGGAAGAGCUGGAGGGAGACAGCGACCUGGACGGUAUCGAGGCUGCGCUGUCUCCUCAUCCAACUGCCUCAACAGUCAGAGGUGGUAACCUAGGCCGCAGCCUGAGCUGUGAGGACUCAGUAGACCAUGACAGCCCGAGAAAACGAAGCGGUCCCCCGUCCCCACGAUCACCGCUCCUCAGACAGGCGUCCCACGAGGACAGCUCAGUCUCCUCCUCCCCCACCCAGUCCCCACGCUCCCCUGUGGGCUAUGUACCCUCUGCCAUGGAAAGGAGCACCAGGUCCAUGGGGUCCACCGGCACAGAGGGGACAGCAACAGGCCCAAAGAGGCCUAAAGGUUUCUGGGGGGAGUCUGAUGAUGAUGUUGAUGAUCUGGCAAUCAGCACAGGGAAACAGGACCAGUCAGGAGAGGAUGAUGACUUCGACUUCUAUGGUUAAACUGUCCAGCACAAACCAUUAACCUAUCUAUCUAUGGACAAGCCAUCUAAAGAAAUAAAUCUGAUCAGCUGACAAUUUCUGUCAGCUUGUAUUUGUUUUCAUAUUUACUGUUGAAAAUGUGACAAUGAAAAUGUAUGUUACACAGAUCAGUCAGGCAACAGAUGUAGACAAGAGCUUGGUGGAUGUCAUCUAAUUGUACAUUCUAUGUAAUAGGAGUUAUACCAUUCAGCUGACAGGGUUUUAUAGUGUUUUACAGUGCCAUGUAACAUGGUGAAAUAGAAUUAGAAAAGUGAAUAGUAAAGAAACAUUGAUAGUUUGCACUGAUAAUAACAGGAAACUGGCCAUAUUACAUAUAUUCUGGAGUAGUUCUUACAGUCAUACAGUUAUUGGCAGGAUCAUGAUGAUUGCCUGGCAUUCAUCAUAGUUUUGUGCAGUUAAGCCAUGGGCAGGUAGGUGGGGCUGUUGUAAUGCUGUGAUAAAUGAAGUUAUGGAAAGUCAUAUUUUCUUAAACUAUCCCUUUUCUACCAUGACAUGACAGUGAAACCAUCACUACAAGUUGGUAAUCUUUUGAAGAUAAGAGUGUUAGGUUUUUGCUAUUGGAAUACAGGAUGUACAUGGGAUAGGUGACAAUGUGAAGUAACAAGCUUUUCCCCAAACCAAGUAAAGCAUGACAACUCAUAAGUGUAUUGUACCCACUGUACAGUAAUUAUAAUGUGCGUACAAGCUGGUUUCUAAAACAACAUUGUCAUUAAUACUGAUCAUUCAACUCUACUAUAAUUUUACAAUCCAUUGUUCCAUGUUGUAGAAUGACAUCCAACUUAUGCCAGAGAGGAAAUGCAGGCUUCUGAUUGUACAUCAAGAUGUUUGCCUUUUUUUAUGUGAAACUGACUUUAAAAAG